AUGGCCCCUUCCAAGCGCAAGGCCGAGAACGACUUCAUCCUCACCAUAUCCGACGACGAAGACGCGAAUGCCGACGCCGACGCCGACGCCGACGCCGAAACCGACGGCGCAGGCGACAAUGAUGGAGACGAUGGUGCCAUGGACCCGGACUUCGAUUUCGACUUUGGCGGCGAAACAAAGUACCUGACCGAUGACAUCGAGGAGUGGACCUUCGACGGAGCAGCAAAGUCCACGACAGCAGGCCCGAAACAACUUCUAGAAAGCAUAAUCCGGAGGAGAACCAGCAAGAAACAAGGCGAAAUCGAUGGUGGGGACACACAGGAGGCUGGAUCUAGCGCAGAGAACAGCGAUGACGACCAGAUCGACGACGACGAUGAUGAGGAAGUACUUGCCGAGGACGCGUUUGGCAUGAACGUCGGCUCUGACGUCGAAGAAUCGGAAGACGAGGAUGGAGUACAUAAGAUCGAGGGCGAAGAGGGCGAUAGCGAUGGCGAGGAUGGGCAAGAUGAUGACGCCGCGUCGGACGGGGACUCUGUUGCCACGCCCGUCGAGCAUCCCGAUGAUGACGGCGAGGGUUCCGACUCGGACGAUGACGACGAUCGGGAAGAUGCCGAGGAGAUUGCCAAGAGGGACGCUUUCUUUGCACCCGAGGAGAAGGCCAAGCCGGGCAAGAAGGACACUGCCGGCCCCUUCACGGCCAUGUCGUUAUCACGUCCAAUUCUCCGAGGCCUCGCAGCCGUUGGCUUCUCUAAUCCCACGCCCAUCCAGUCAAAGGCAAUCCCCAUCGCGCUCAUGGGCAAGGACCUCGUCGGUGGUGCUGCUACUGGUUCGGGCAAGACGGCGGCUUUCAUCGUCCCCAUCCUGGAGCGACUGCUGUACAGGCCAAAGAAGGUCCCAACCACCCGUGUCGUCGUCCUCACCCCGACCCGUGAGUUGGCGAUCCAGUGUCAUGCCGUGGCUACGAGGCUCGCCAGCUACACCGAUAUUACCUUCUGCCUGGCCGUUGGAGGCUUGAGCCUGAAGGUUCAGGAGGCGGAACUGCGGCACCGCCCUGAUGUCGUGAUUGCCACGCCGGGUCGUUUCAUCGACCACAUGCGCAACUCAGCUAGCUUCACCGUCGAGGGGGUCGAGAUCUUGGUCUUGGAUGAGGCUGAUCGGAUGCUCGAGGACGGUUUCGCGAACGAGCUGAACGAGAUCCUCCAAGAGAUACCCAAAUCCCGCCAGUCCAUGCUCUUCUCCGCAACGAUGAACUCCUCAGUUGACAACCUUAUCCGCCUCGGCAUGAAUAAGCCGGCUCGGAUCAUGGUGGACUCGCAAAAGACCACGGUCACCACGCUCGUUCAGGAAUUUUUACGUCUACGAAGCAACGAGCACUUGCGCUUUGGCUUCCUUCUUCAUAUCUGCAACAACCUCUACACAAAUAGGGCGAUCAUCUUUUUCUCCAGGAAGCAGGAUGCACACCGUGCACGCGUCAUCUUGGGCCUCCUGGGGCUGUCGGCCAGGGAGCUCCACGGCAACUUGAACCAGACAGAGCGAGUUGCCAACAUUGAAGCCUUCAGGACCGGUGAGGUUGCGUUCUUGUUGGCAACCAACCUUGCUUCUCGUGGUCUUGACAUCCGGGGCGUCGAAACGGUCAUCAACUUUGACGCACCAAAAGACAUUAGCGUCUACCUGCACAGGGUCGGACGAACAGCCCGUGCGGGCCGCAAGGGUACUGCCAUCACACUCGUUGCGGAUUCUGAUCGCAAGCUCGUCAAGGCGGCUGUCAAAGCGGGCAAAGUUCAGGGGACCAAGACCCGGAGUAUCACGAUCGAAACCGCCUUCGCCAAGGAAUGGCAGUCCAAGGUGGACGACCUCGAAACCGAGGUGGAUGAAAUCCUCGCGGAGGAGAAGGAACUGAAACAGCUGCAGCAGGCCGACAUGGAGCUUCAGAAGGGCGAGAAUCUGAUCAAACAUGCGGCCGAGAUUAAGUCACGGCCGAAGCGGACAUGGUUUGAGACGGAACACGAGAAAAAGAAGGCAAAGGAGCCCGCGCCGUCGAAAGUCAGCGCCCUGAGGGAGAGCUUGAAGAAAAAGCAUGCCAACGGCAAGCUGAGCAACAAGGACAUGAAGAAGCUGGACAACAAGGCCGAGAGGCAGAAUGGCAGGCUGUGGAAGAAGGGAGCCGCCGAGCGGGCAGGUAAGGGAGCCGUCCUGAACCUGCGGAAGCCGGGCAAAGGGGCAGGAAAAUCCAGCUCGAGCAAGGUAAAGGAUGGGCCGGCUUUCAAGGCUGCGGAUGCCGGGCCAAGGGGGCCAAAGGCCCAAAAGGGUGCAAGGGGAAAGGGCAGAGGACGAACGUAG